AUGCAGCAGGACAAAAUUGUUUAUGAAACCGUGGUCAAAGUACCUCACUGGUAUCCAAACACAGAAACGGCCCCCGUGGUCCCCAGCCACCUCUCUGCUGGUCCAGAUUCUUUGGUGCCUCAAACCAGCUGCCGCUUUCCGGUGAACAAACUUGGAAUAGUUGUAUCGGGAGGAUGGCGAAAACGCCUGAUGGCUUUCUUUGUUGACCACAAUUCCCGCACUACCACGUUCAUCGACCCCCGGCUCCCCUUGCAGAGCAGCAGCCCCACAAGCGCGCUGGUCCAUCGGCAGCACUUGACGAGGCAGCGCAGCCACAGCGCUGGUGAGGUCGGAGAGGACUCCCGUCAUUCCGGACCACCCGUUUUGCCGAGACCGUCCAGCACGUUUAAUACCGUCAGCAGAGCUCAGUACCAGGACAUGGUUCCCGUGGCUUACAAUGACAAGAUUGUCGCAUUUUUGCGGCAGCCCAAUAUCUUCGAAAUCCUGCAAGAGCGUCAACCAGAUCUUACCAGGAAUCAUUCACUCAGGGAGAAGAUCCAGUUCAUCCGGACGGAGGGAACGCCGGGGUUGGUGCGUUUAUCCAGCGAUGCAGACCUUGUCAUGUUACUCAGCUUGUUUGAGGAGGAGAUCAUGUCGUACGUGCCGCCACAUGCCUUACUUCAUCCUAGCUAUUGCCAGUCCCCGCGAGGCUCGCCCGUGUCUUCCCCUCAGAACUCCCCGGGUACUCAGCGUGCCAAUGCCCGUGCUCCAGCUCCUUACAAAAGAGAUUUUGAAGCCAAGCUGAGGAACUUUUACAGGAAGUUGGAGACUAAAGGAUAUGGACAAGGCCCAGGGAAAUUGAAAUUAAUCAUCAGGAGAGACCACUUGCUAGAAGAUGCCUUUAACCAGAUCAUGGGCUAUUCAAGAAAAGACCUGCAGAGAAAUAAACUCUACGUCACGUUUGUUGGGGAGGAAGGGUUGGACUACAGCGGACCAUCAAGAGAAUUUUUUUUCCUGGUGUCCAGAGAGCUCUUCAAUCCGUAUUAUGGUUUGUUUGAAUAUUCAGCCAACGAUACCUACACAGUACAAAUAAGUCCCAUGUCUGCUUUUGUAGACAAUCACCAUGAGUGGUUCAGGUUUAGUGGUCGAAUUCUUGGUCUUGCUCUGAUACAUCAGUAUUUGCUAGAUGCCUUUUUUACACGACCCUUUUAUAAAGCCCUCCUCCGAAUACUCUGUGACCUGAGUGACCUGGAAUAUCUGGAUGAGGAGUUUCACCAGAGUUUGCAGUGGAUGAAGGACAAUGAUAUACACGAUAUCUUGGAUCUUACCUUUACUGUAAAUGAAGAAGUUUUUGGGCAGAUCACAGAACGGGAGCUGAAGCCAGGAGGUGCCAACAUCCCAGUCACUGAAAAGAACAAGAAAGAAUAUAUAGAGAGAAUGGUGAAGUGGAGAAUUGAGAGAGGAGUUGUACAACAAACGGAAAGUCUAGUUCGUGGUUUCUAUGAGGUGGUUGAUGCCAGGCUGGUGUCUGUAUUCGAUGCCCGAGAACUGGAACUGGUGAUAGCUGGAACAGCAGAAAUUGACUUGAGCGAUUGGAGAAAUAACACCGAGUACAGAGGAGGUUAUCAUGACAAUCACAUUGUGAUCCGGUGGUUCUGGGCUGCUGUGGAGAGGUUCAACAAUGAACAACGACUGAGGCUUUUACAGUUCGUUACAGGCACGUCCAGCAUCCCUUACGAAGGGUUUGCCUCUCUACGGGGGAGCAACGGCCCGAGAAGGUUCUGCGUGGAGAAGUGGGGGAAGAUCACCGCUCUCCCUCCCUCCCUCAGGGCUCACACUUGUUUCAAUCGUCUGGACCUUCCCCCUUAUCCAUCAUUCUCUAUGUUAUAUGAAAAACUGUUGACAGCGGUUGAGGAGACGAGUACUUUUGGACUUGAGUGA